AAAUCGUACUAGCUUAUUUGAUCGCUGGUAGAUGGCAGUCGAUGGUUCAAUUGUCAACAAUUCACAAUAUUUGCAUUUGAUAACAACACCACGUUAUUGUACUCAGAAUCCUGUUUUUCACUUACGUAUAAAGAUGGCCGAGUUUUAUUGUGCUCAUUGUAAGGUCCAAAUGAACUCAAAAUCUCAGUGGGAUGCCCAUGUAAUUGGUGGGAAGCAUAUGAGAGCUGUUACAAUGAAUCAGCCCCUAGCAGUUGACAUGUCAGCAGCAAUUGUCUUGCCCAAUGGAAAUUUCAAAUGUAAAAGCUGUGAUGAUUUCGAGUGUUGUGGUCACAUACCUUUUGAGCAGCAUUUGAUAGGAAAAAAGCAUUUGAAAAACGUCCAGCGUGGCAAAGAGUCCACUCAGUUUAACACAGCUGUCAAGUCACCUCUUUAUGGUCAACGGCAACCAACUGCUCCUCUAGUUCACUCUCCACCAGCAAUGAAUAGUGGUUCCUUACCAAUUGCAUUAGCCGAUGUGUCUUCAGCAUUGUUGCAACCUGAUGGAUCAUACAAAUGUAAAGUUUGUGUUGACUUUACUUGCUCAGGCCCUAUACCCAUGCAGGAUCAUUUGAAUGGAAAAAGUCAUUUAAAGAAUUUGAAAACGUUUCCUGGCAGAAAAUUAGCGUUUGAGCAAAUGACCAUUGCUGCUCCUACGUCUGAAGUCAAUUACCGUCAGAGUUCGUUAACGGUCGACGAACGUAUUGAAAAAGCGUGGAACCACCAGACAAUUUGCGGCUACAACUACGAUGAGUUAUUUUCUAAUCUGUCUAUCGAGAAGAAGAUUGAAGAGUUAAAUCCACAUUUUGCGUUUAUCGGUAAAGAUGAUCCUAUGCCCAAUUUUGUCAAGUACUUGAGUAUGUGAUUAGUGUAAUUUCAAAAAAAAAGCACAAUCGAUCCAUUUUA